AGUUUAUUGUUUCUUUUUAUUAUUCUUACAUUUUAAAUUAUUUUCACUCAUAAAUUCAACAUUUUCGAAAGAGAUACGAUCUUUUGAAGCAUGUUACAAAAAAGCUUAUAAUAUAUUAAUUUGUUAUUAAUAAAAGAUUUAAUAUAACAGGCGCCUUAAAGAUCGCGCUACAAUUUUCAAUGUUUAUUUGCAUUAACAAAAAAUCUUUUAAGUGGUACACAUAUGGCAACUCUCUCCUAUAUAAAGGAUCUCGCGCGACCGUCGUGAGAAAGCUUGAUAAAAUUGAUUCGGCAAUGCCGUUGAACUAUAUUGACUUUGAAUUAUUCUCUCAUGUGCAGCCUCUCGUGUUUUUGUCAGCCCAUCGAUACGCGCGGUUGCUCGUGCGCGCGCGCGCACGCUGGUGUGGGUAGACGCAGCACACAGCGAAGCAUUUGGAGCGACCUUCCUAUCCAAAGUAGCUUCUCCGGAGGGUUCGUAGCCGGGUGAGGGUAGCCUGUGCCGGAAUGGCAGGCGGAGAGCAUCGAGUCAGUUGGUGUAGAGACCUCACCAAGUGCACCCGCCUGCGUGUCUAAUGUCAGCCGGUCCCGUCCGGGACCUGUCAAUCCGCUCGGCGUGUCGUCGGUAUACACGCGUUACCUGAUAUUUCGUUCAUUUACAUUCCGACACGGGAGACGUGAAAUGUCGCGGCAAGACGCCGUAGGGGCAAAUCAGUUCGUGAUAUGAUCGGACUGUUUGGCAAAAGUCUCGUCGGGGAGUCGACAAUACCGUCGCACGCGCCGUUCCGUGCGGCUUUGUCCAUUCGUUAAACGGGAUAAACAAAACGCGCGCAACGGGAUUCAACGUUUUACGCGUUUUCAACGACGGCGGUUCAAAUGGCUAUUUCCGAUUGCUGACCGGCUGCCGUUGGUGCCGUCAGUUUUGACGAAGUUUUCAGUUUCUUUCCUGGAUUUAUGUCUUUUCCGCCUGCAAUGAUGUCGUACGAUUAUCCCCACCCGGUCUCGAGAACGUACCAGUACAAGAAGAUAACAAAGCCGCUUUUGGAAAGGAAGAGGCGCGCGCGGAUAAACCGUUGCCUCGACGAGCUCAAGGAUCUCAUGGUGGACGCGCUGGAGACUGAGGGCGAAAACAUCAGUAAGCUGGAGAAAGCGGAUAUCCUCGAGCUGACGGUGCGUCAUCUGCAGAAGCUGCAAGCGUCGCGGCCCUCUGGGUUAUCUGCGACGUUCGCGAGCGGCGACGAAAUUUCCGCGGAGAGCCGCUGGCAGUCCGGCUUCGGGCAUUGCGCGGCAGAAGCCUGCAGAUUUCUCUCGUCUCUCCCAGGUGAAGCCGCGGAGAGGCUGGCGAGACACCUCGCAGCUGGUCUCCAAACGGGCCGGCAAACAAAUUCACCGCCGAAAGCCAACCUGUUAUCGCCUACCCUGGCCAAUCUAGAUCGCAUCGCCAACGUCGUGGCAUCUUGUCCUGUCGGCACCUCCGGCGAAAUUGACUCAGCGAUACUCUCCACGAACACGUCGCCGAUAAUAUCCUCGCAUCACGCUGAUAAAAUUGUCAGCGCGACCCGCGACGCGGACGCGUUGACGACGACCGUCGUCGCUUCCACGCCUCAAUGCCGAGUUUCGAUGUCGCUCGUCAACGGCGAUGAGAAAUUAUCAGUAAAUUGCAGUGCCAAACCGAAGAGUCUGAGGGAUCGGCAGCCACCGACGAUGGGGACGACAACGACGACGACAACGACAACGACGACGAGGAAUAAGACUAAUGAGCCCCAUGAUGCCGAUGACGAUGAAGAAAUCGACGUUGAGCGCGUAGAUGAUCGCGAUCCGAUGUGGAGGCCGUGGUAAAUGCAAAAAGAAACUUUGUAAAGAAACAAUGAUAUGCAUUCCUUGUACAGAUUAUCUGGGAAGUUAUUUUACUUUAACUAUGUGUGAUAUAUAUUUUUGGAAAAGAUAUAUAUAUAUAUAUAAAGAUAUAUCUUUUCGGAGAAAAUUAUUUUCUUCUUAAUGAGAAACUGUUAAGGCAUAGCAUAUUUCGUUUGUUGAUUGAAAAUAAAAAACAUGCGAAAUUUA